UUUGUGGUGGGGGGUUGUCUUGGGCAUAAUCAAUAUUAAUUUGUCUUUAAAAAGACAAAUGAGAAACCUGCCUUCUCAUCAAAUGUGGGGUGCAGGAUUGACCAAAUCUAGGUGUCCUGUAGCAAAUUGUGAAAGAGAAAUCAACACUACAGUUAAAAUUAAAACUUAAAAUCUGGGACUGGAUUUGCAGUCCGGUCCUGGCCUUUUCCUAUAUUUGAAAAAGCAUUCCUCCAUGUGUUUUGUUUUUUAACAUAAAUGCAAGUUUUUUCCUUAAAUCAUAGAAUCUCUGAUUGGUUUGGGCUGGAGGGACCUUAAAGCCCAUCCAGUCCCACCCCCUGCCAUGGGCAGGGACGCCUGCCACCAGACCAGGGUGCUCCAAGCAUCCUCCGGCCUGGCCUUGGACACUGCCAGGGAUGGGGCAGCCACAGCCUCAAUUUGAUUCACUUUUUAUUUGACUCUUAUGUUAGGGAGAGUUGUGUUGCUGUAAGGAAGGGCACAACUUCUGUGUCUGAUGUACACUAAAAUAAGUCUCUCACCUUGCAUUAUCACUGCUUGGAGCAGAGCUGAGGAGCCCGAGUAAGUGACCCUCCUUUUUCCUACUAUAACAUUUCUACCUUUCCAUGCUGUGGUUUCAGAUUUUGUUUACAACUGGGAGAUGACUCUGUCCCAAUCCUGAUUGUAACCACCUUUAGAUGAGCAAUGGGGAGGGGCAUCUAAAGCAAUUCUUGGAUUUCUUCUUCACGCAUGGAAUAACUUGAACUAUUUCCAAUUCCUGCUGAAGUCUAGUUUAGGUUGGCACUGUAGCAUUCACAGAGCAAUUUCAUACAUCAAAGAGCAAAAGUCAUGAAAGCAGGAACUUGCCUGAGAAGCCUGGAAAUCCCAACAAAUAGCUGAGGUGCUGGGAAUGUCUUUGAAAGGUGAUGCAAACUCUGGGAUAAUUUGAAAGAUUCAUCAUUUGGCUGUGGUUGGUGAUAAAGUUGUUCCUUUGGGUAAGAACUGAAUACAGUGAUUUUGGUCCAAAAUACCAAAAACAGUGGAGGGAAUGCUGCAGGUGAGACAAGGGUUGGAAGUGACAGCCUGUGCUGGCAUGUGGAUGGAGUUGGGGACGUUGUAGAUUUAUUACUGGUGUGAGCAGCUCCUGAAACAGGAUCAUCCUGCAAAUGGGAAUAAGAAGUUAGUGCUGCAACACCCUCAUCAAUUCUGCUGUGUCCUGGCUUUGUCAGGGCUCUUUAAAGCAAACAGGAACAUGUUACUUUAAAAGGUGAGUAGCACAACUAACACAAAUAAUGCUUUGUGUAGUGGCAGCAGUUCAGGAAUUUUAUCUAUGUGUCCUUAGGAUUAUAAUGGUCACUUUUACACUGUGAUCAGCCCUUUGCCCCUCCUUUUUUGUUUUGCAGUUAGGUGAAAAGGGUGAAAUAGCAGAAUAUGGGCUCAACUCUCACAGCUUCCUCACACUUUAUUAGUUUGCUAAAUGUGUAUGUAGAUGUCAGAGGGGAAGUUUCCGCUGUUUCAUAAUCCAGUAAAAAUUUGAAAUAAACAAACUGCCCUGGAGUGGCUCAUAAACUUCCACCCUUUUAGCAACAUCUGUCUUUACCAGGCUGGGUCGGAAGCACAUGGGUGUGUUCCUGUGGGAGAAGGAAUGGCAAAGCUGUUGGUAUGAUCCACACCACGGAAAAAAAUGCUGACCACAGGAGAUUUCUGUGGCUAAUGCACGACUCAGAGUGUAGUUCACACCAGCUCGUACUAGCACUCAGCUUCUGGGCGUGAUUCUGGGUGAUUCUCUGACUCAAGGGCAACUUGACUCUUGUUCACAGAAAGUGGCUUUUGCGGGAGUAUAAUUUAGAAUAUCUUAAAUACUCUUUUUAUUCAUUUUAAAAGCAGACACUUAAGUCUUGCUCCAGUGUUUUUCCUUUGGGGAAGAACUGAGUAUGGUGAUUUUGGUGUAAAACACCAAAAACAGCGAAGGGAAAGCUGCAGGUGAGACAAGGGUUGGAAGUGACAGUCUGUGCUGGCAUGUGGAUGGAGUGGGGAGGUUGUAGAUUUAUUACUGGUGUGUGCAGCUCCUGGAACAGGAUCAUCCUGCAAAUGGGAAUAAGAAGUUAGUGCUGUUUAGCCAGCAGGUGUUCAGUGGGUCACAGCUCGUGGGCCUGGUGUGACCACAGUGCACAACUGUGCCCAGGGAGCUGCUGGGGCAGAAUGGGGUAAGGUGCAAAGUGCUUUCCCCUGCACAGCUCUUGUGCUCCUUGUUCUGCUCAGCAUCGGCACAAGAGGAAAACAGCAGUCUCUUGUGAUCACAGUGGUGACAGGGAUGCUGUACAAUUCACCUUUGGGGUGCCACAGCAGCUCCUGUUCUGCUCAGCUCUGGCUCCAGUGUGGAGCACGUGCUGACAGUCACGUGAGACACAAAAAAAGUAUUUCUGAAAGAGCCUCUCCAGUUACCUUGUCUGGGUCUAUCUGCGGACAAUUAAAACCAGUUGCUCUGUGACACUGGAAGUGUAACCCACCACUUGCCAUCAUUCAGGUGCCAGCUGUAUACAUGUGGCAGCCCAGACCAGACUUGUUCUGUAGCUCUCCAUACACAACAUCCCCCUAGAAAGCAUGAAACUGAAACACAGCAUUGCAGUGACCUUCCCAGUGGGAAUAAAAGCUGUGGAUGGCAGCAGCUUCCUGGUGCUUCAUGUUUUAUGAGGUCUGUGUCAGGCUUUGGGACAUGACCGUGGGUGAAGACACAAGUGACAGGCACUACCCCAUGUGUGCUGCCAUCAUGUGAAGAGCAGCAUGUUGUAGGGAUGAAUCCCAGCAAAACAAGUCCCAGAGCAGCACAGCCCUGCGCACAUUGGGUCUCGUGGGACUAAUGGACCAGCAGAGUUGAAAAAUCCAUGUCAGAAUAAAUUAAGUCAUAAAAGCAUUACAAAGAGAUAGGUUUAAGUAAACAAAAGUUCACAGAAUCCCGGAAUAGCUCAAACUGGAGGGGAUCCAUAAGGAUCAUUGAGUCCAAAGCCCUGCUCCUGGGAGGGCCUCCUAAAAUGAAACCAUAGGGACUGAGUGUUGUCCGCAUAUUCCCUGAACUUGGUGCUUCCCUGGGGAGCCUCUUCCAGGCACUGAGCAGUCUCUGGGUGAGGAACCUUUUCCUAACGUCCCACCUGAACCUCCCCUGAGGCAGCUUUGUUCCAUCUCCUUGGGUCCAUUGCUGGUUCCAGAAGGGGGAGAUCAGCACCUGCCCCCCCAGAGCAAGGUGCAGACAGCAGUGGAGUCACCCUUCAGCUUCUCUCCUCCCAGCUGAACGGGCCAGGUGGCCUCAGCUGCUCCUCCCAAGUCCUGCCCUCGGGACCUUUCACCAUCCUGGUUCCCUCCUCCGGACACAACUCUAGCCCUCAGUUGUCCUUUGUGUGCUGAGGGGCCCAAACUGUCCCCAGGACUAGAGGUGAGGCUGCCCCAGUGCAGAGCAGAGCAGGACAGUCCCCCCCGAUGUCCCCCUGGGCCAGGCUGGCCCUUGAGGCUGCCAGGGCUCCUGUUCCACUUGCCCUCAGCGCAAAGCCCCUGAGCCCCUUCCCCAUGGAGAGCUCCCCAAGCCCCGAGGUAUCAGAUCAGAUCCCUUCCAACAGGGGUCACAGAAAUGGAAGUUGAGGCACAGAGAGGGAAAUGGCCUGAUGUUACAUCAGCCAGAGGGCUCACUGGGAAGCUAGGCUGUUUUCUCUUUUUUACCUAAUGUAGCUAUUCCCUAGGAAUUCAUCAUUCUGAAUUCCUGAUUGGUAUUUUUGCAGCUAGCUCAGCCAGGAACAGGGAACUGAUGGGCUGCUUUUCAAGGGACUGAUUUUCACUCUGCUUCUGAUUAAAAUCUGUUUGACCUUCCCCCUGCAGCACAAAAGGAUUGAUAUGGGAAAAUCUUUUCCUACACUGUGCUACUGGAGUUUUAUUUGAAAAUGGAGAAGAAGGCAGUAGCAGCAAAGGAAAUAUAUUGUUACUUCCCUCCUGAUUUGCGGAUCUGUUGCUUCAUCAGAGUCUGACUUAAUAUUUUUAAUGUGGCAAAAAUUUUGGAGUACAAAACUCAAGGUGGCAAGGAACUUGCAGAUACACUUAAGCCAUGAGGUUGUUCCUACAGUCUCCAAAGUGAGCAGGAACACUCCGUGCCCCGGGUUUGGGCAGAGCUGGCUGUCAGGGUGAGCAGGCAAACUCCUCUCCCCAGCCCAUCGAAAACACAGCAAGGGCUCUUCUCAGAAGCUUUUUGUACAUUUGGUCCUUGUGCUUCCAGCCUUGGCUCCUUCUACUCUGCCUUUCUGCAGCCAGUUAGAAGAUCAAGGGUGACACUCUGACGGGAGAACGGGAAGGAGACCUGCAGGGAGCUCUGCCUGCUCCAGGGUGGGAUUUGGCAGCCCUCAGUCACAGUCUGCUGGAGCACUGUGGGCCCCCGUGGGAGCCAGGAGCAGCUUGUGGUGGACCUGUUGUGCUUGUGCCAUCUUAUGGUGGUGCCAGGGCGUCACUGUGUGCCCAGGCAAGGUGAUGGACAGCAGGGGAGAGAUGGAGGUGGUGAGGAGCUCCAAGGGCAGUGCUGCUGGGGAGGUCAGUGUCCACGUGGUCACCACCGAGAGCACGGUGCAGAGCACCCACCUGCCCACCACUGCCUUCAUUAUACCAGCAAACGCUACUGCCAUCAACCUUCCCACGAGCACCUUAGAAAUCCAACGAUUCCCCCGGGAGCCCCAGAGAAGCACAGGGGCCGAGAGACCAGACAGGGGAGCAGGGAAUGAACCCAUCACUGCUGCUGUCAUUCCCCAGAUCAGCGGGGUGCAGACCUGCAGCACAGUCCGUGUGCUGGAGUGGAAAGAUGGGGUUGCAACUUUGCCUGGAAGUAACUUGCGGUUCCGGAUAAAUGAGUACGGCACACUGAAGGUGGUGAGUGCUGAUAAGAUGCCUCCUGUGGAAGCUGUGAAGGAGGGUCACACAGAGAAAGAUGGGGACUCCGAGGUGGCACCCCCCAGCAGAGACAAUCCUACUGUGGCUCAGGACGUGCCGGAGCAGCCCGCGGCAGAAGGGCUGUGCCACUGCGAUACCUGCGGCCGCCGACACGUGUGGGACGGCGCCCGCGAAGGCAGGGGCUUCUGCAGCGAGCACUGCCACCAGCAGUUCAAAGAGAGGUCUGUCAUUGUGGAAAACUCUGCCAGCAGCACCAAUGCCACUGAAAUCCUCAAGCCUGUGAAGAAACGAAAGAGGAAGGACUAUCAGAGCCCCUCGGAGGAAGAAUAUGAAUCUGAGCAAAUGGAGGAAAAGCAGGAAGAGAGGAAAAGCUCAGUGGAAGACUCUGUCAUGAGCAAUCUGGAGGCUGAGACGUGGAACGGGAGCCAGCACGGUGCCAGUGAGGAGAAGAAAGAAGGCUGGUCUUGGGCGUCCUACUUGGAGGAGCAGAAAGCUGUCGCUGCCCCUUUAGAUCUCUUCCAGGAUUACCAAGUAGCUUCUCAGCACAAGAAUGGCUUUAAAGUGGGGAUGAAGCUGGAGGGGAUUGACCCGCAGCACCCAUCCAUGUACUUCAUCCUGACAGUGGCUGAGGUGUGUGGCUACCGGAUGCGUCUCCACUUCGAUGGCUACUCCGAGUGCCACGACUUCUGGCUGAAUGCUGACUCCCCUGACAUCCACCCUGCUGGCUGGUUUGAGGAGACGGGGCACAAACUUCAGCCCCCCAAAGGGGUUGUAGGUUAUAAGGAAGAGGAAUUCAGCUGGACAAACUACCUGAAGUUAACAAAGGCUCAGGCAGCUCCUAAGCACCUCUUCAUGGUCCGAAACACUCACGAGGCUUCUCCAGGCUUCAAAGUGGGCAUGAAGCUCGAAGCCGUGGACCGCAUGAACCCUUCCCUGAUCUGUGUUGCCACAGUGACUGACGUGGUGGACAAUCGCUUUCUGGUGCACUUUGACAACUGGGAUGAUACUUAUGACUACUGGUGUGAUCCCAGCAGUCCAUACAUCCACCCAGUUGGAUGGUGUCAUGAGCACGGCAAACCCCUCACACCUCCUCAAGAUUAUCCUGAUCCUGACAACUUCACCUGGGAGAAGUACUUGAAAGAAACUGGAGCAUCUGCUGUCCCAGCUUGGGCCUUUAAAGUGCGCCCGCCCCACGGCUUCCUGGUCAACAUGAAGCUGGAGGCAGUGGACAGGAGGACUCCUUCCUUCAUCCGAGUGGCCAGUGUGGAGGACGUGGAGGAUCACAGGAUAAAGGUCCAUUUUGAUGGCUGGAGCCACGUGUAUGACUUCUGGAUUGAUGCGGAUCAUCCGGACAUCCAUCCCAUGGGCUGGUGCUCAAAAACAGGGCACCCAUUGCAGCCUCCUCUCAGGCCAAAGGAACCAGCCUCCUCUGCCCACGGGGGCUGCCCAAGCCUGGGCUGCAAGAGCAUCCCUCACUCCAAGAGCUCCAAGUACAGCUUUCACCACAGGAAAUGCCCCACGCCGGGCUGCGAUGGCUCAGGCCAUGUGACGGGGAGGUUCACAGCCCAUUACUGCCUCUCAGGGUGCCCGCUGGCAGAGAAGAACCAGGGCAGGCUGAAGGCCGACUUGUCUGACACCGAGGCCUCGACACGCAAGAGGAGCCCGAUGGGUUUCCCUCAGAGAAAGAAAUCUCGGCACCACGGGAGAGGGAGACCUCCAAAGUACCGGAAGAUCCAGCAGGAAGACUUCCAGACUAUUUCUUCAGACAAUGUGCACCAGUCGCUCUUCAUGUCUGCCCUGUCUGCCCACCCUGACCGCUCCCUGUCCCUGUGCUGGGAGCAGCACUGCAAGCUGCUGCCCGGAGUGGCUGGCAUCACAGCAGCCAUGGUGGCCAAGUGGACCAUUGAUGAGGUUUUUAGCUUUGUGCAGAAUCUGACAGGUUGUGAGGACCAAGCCAAGCUCUUCAAGGAUGAGAUGAUCGAUGGCGAGGCGUUCCUCUUGCUGACGCAGGCUGACAUCGUCAAGAUUAUGAGUGUCAAGCUGGGCCCGGCACUCAAGAUCUACAAUGCCAUCCUCAUGUUCAAGAACGCUGAUGACACCUUAAAGUGACUUCUCUUGGCCCAACCGGGACCCUCCCUCAUCACUGGUGCUGCCAAACUGUCCGGUCAGGACAGAGAUUUCCCCAGCCUACCGCAGCUUGUCACGUCCUGCUCGUGUCCUCCCGGGUGCCACACGUCCCCUCUCCCAGCAGUCCACCUCCCAUCCUGUUCUUUGCACGCUGCCCUUCUGCAGCGCUGGGCCCAGGCUGGCCGCAGGCCGCGGGGGCGGCUGCAGGGAAGGAGGGUGGAGGUGGCACUGGCCCAUCUUGGUGCCACAGCUGCCCCCACUGUGUCCUGCUGUGCCUGCCCUGGGUCAGGGGUGCUGAGGGCCAGCGGAGCACUGUGGAGGGUGUCACAGUGGGGGGCUGGCACCUAUUCGAGUCACCCAGGCAGGGGAAGGCACUGCCUGCCUGCAUCCAUGCUCACACCCACUUAAAGGCUGCUCUUGCCUUUGCUCAGCAGCUGAGAGAGAUUUGGGGUUUUUCCCUCUGUGUGAUCCUCUGGGGCUACUUGUGCUAACACCAUUUCCAAGGGACAUUCUUGAGGAGCUUCUGCUCAUUUUGCCUUUUUCUCUGAAUUCUUUUGACUCCCAUUUUAAGGCCAGUUCAUGACUGCUUUGCCCCUGCACUGCACUACAAACCAGUGGCCACCUCUUGCCCCUUCAGGGAGCAGAUGUCCUAGCAGCUGCUCUGUCCAUGACCAGCGCCUGUGCUUUCUUCCUCUUUCCUGGAAUUCAGCAGCCUCAGGGCCCUGCCAGGCCAGGGCUGGCUGGGUGCAGAAAAAGCUCCAUUUCUUCUUGCGCUUCAGACUGUUUUGUCCAGCACUUCUCUGGGAGAAAGGAUGCUUGGAUAGCUUGUUCCCCUUGCACCUAUUAAAGAGUCCUCUACAAAGGAAGUUGGGCCCUCUUUGGCCCUUGUAUUAGGAGCAAGGCCCUCUCUAGGAUGGGGACAGCUGCUGAGGACAGAAAGCAUCCAUUGCUCCACUAGGCAGAUCCACAGUUGCUUCUGAAGGCGUUCCUGAGUUGGCUGAGUCAAUUCUGCCAAGCUGCCUUCUCCCUACACUUUGCCCUCACAAGGCACCCAGGUUUUGCUGUCUGAAGAGCAGAAUCUGCUGUCCCUGGAUCCCUUACCUGCAGAGCUAAAAGAAAUCCAGCACUUAGCUGGCUUGUUUGUUUCUGUCCUUUUCAGAACAUAGCACCUUUCCAACAGGCAGUUUGGGAAUGCUCAUGUAACACUGUCCCUUGUGAUGGAGGAGGGACCAAAGGGCUGCAGAGCCAGAAAAGCCAACAUUCCUUGGGGUCCUGGCAGAGUCCCAGCAGCUUCUGAUAAGCCCCUGUGCCUCCUGGCAGUCCCCACAUUGCUCUCCAUGGUCCAUCACCCUGGCACACCUGCUGUGGAGCUGUUGGAGCAGGGGCUGGCCAUGCAGUGCUGGAGGAUGGCCACCUGCUAAGAUGGCCGCAUGCCCAGGGGCCCAGUCCCAAUUCUGCUUCAUUUCCCAUUCCUAACAAUGACAUUCCAGUAAUAAAACAACUUCCCCCCUUUCCCAGUGCCCAAAGACAGGGAUGCAGAAGUGUGAGCAAGUGCACCAGCAAUGUAUCCUAGACCUGCGCUGCCUUGGGAGCUGCUGUCACAUCUGGGUCAACCUGUUUGGGGCUUCCCAUGGAAAUGUAGCAUUUUGACUCUGUUAUUGGAUAUUUGGGGUCAUGUUUGACCUGCUCUUGAAACGUCUGCUGCUUGCUCUUCCUGCAGGACUUGCCACUUGUCCAUGCCUUUGUUUUGUCAUUGCUUGGGUUUGAUUUAGGCAGCUUUCCUUCUCCUUUCCUUUUUUUAUGUCCUUGCAUCUUUUCAAGCACCGCAGUGUGGCCAGCUGUGGAGAGAGGGAGUGGGAAGGAACAGCUGCGUCCCUGGGUCCCAGAGUUCCUCCCUGAGCCACCCUUCAUCUGCAGGAAGUGGUGUGGAGGUUGGUCUCUUCAGCUGAUGGAGAGUCUCUUUCUGGGCAGCUCUGUGCUGGGGCAGAAGAGGAGGAGGCCUGGGACCUUCAGCCCAGGCUGUGAAUGGUGCUGAGACUUUUCCAGGUGUGAUCUGGAAUGAAAAAGCUCCCUCACACUGAACACUGCCCUUGAGCUUGCAAGGACCCGUCUUACGAAAGCAUCCUGUUCUCAUCUGCUGUAUUCCCAUGUGUGAAAUUGUUCCUCCUGCUGGAGAAGGGACUGAGCGCCAU